GACGUAAUAUUGCUGGACCAGUGAAUUAUUCUCUUUUUUAUCAAGUUGAGGUUGUGGAUGACUAUUAAAUAUGUCCAUAACUUUUCUGUCCUUUCUGUUUGCUCCCAGUAUCAAUCUUUCUUUGAGUGUGGAAUCACAAAAAGCAUACCCUUAGGUCUUGUAGUUCUGUAAUGGCCUCUAUAGUCUCUUAAUUAUUCGAACACUUUAUCUCCUAGGAUGUUGACAAGCCCAAGUUCGGUCCUGCUUCCUUUCUGAGGGGCUUGCUCUGAUUUCAAAGUCUGCUAUAUAAAUUGUUUAUAGACCCUCAACCGAAAAUAGUUGUUCUUGAUUCAGGAUGAGGACCGGGAGAGGAAAGCGUGCUGAGGUAUGCUUAAUUGCUCCUUGACUUGGCUUUCUGGCCUUCACUUGUGAUGAAGAAAUGGUUGAACAUAAAGCACAAGGUUAAUGAUUUUAGUGAAGAUGAAUACACAGAAACUGAGAGUGAAGAUGAUGCUUCCUCUGUUAAAGAUGACAGAGUUAAUGUGAAUGAGGAUCGUGCACAUAGGAUGCGGGGGAACCAAUCUGUGUUUCAGAGUCAAAUUUCAGGUGCACCUUCUAAGGGCUAUUCAUCAGGACAUAGGCGAGGGAAAUCUGAAACUCUGCGUGCUCAAUACAUAAAUGCAAAGGAUGUGAGGGUGACAAUAGGUACUUGGAAUGUCGCUGGAAGGCUUCCGAACGAGGAUCUUGAUAUUGAUUGUUGGCUUUGUACAGAAGAACCAGCAGAUAUGUACAUAAUUGGUUUCCAGGAGGUGGUCCCUUUGAAUGCUGGGAAUGUACUGGGAGCAGAGAGCAGCAGACCAAUUCCAAAAUGGGAGGAAAUCAUUAGAAGGACUCUGAACAAAUCUCACCAAGCUGAAAGCAAACACAAAUGUUUUAGUGCCCCACCCUCACCAGUAUUAAGAACUUCUUCUGUUGCCGAUGAACUUGCCGAUGAGGUUGAUUCUCUACCAUUAGAGGCGAUGAAUGAGGAAUAUAUUGAAGCUGCUGAUGGUUGUGAAUCUGACAUACUUGAAUUUGGCAAAGCUAUUGGUAUUGGAAAUAAUUUACACUUGAAGAGAGUAUAUGGCAUUGAUUGUGAUAGUAGAUUAGACUGGCCUGAACAUUCCUUGGCUGCGACCCCACAAGUUAUCUCUUCCAAUUCCAAGCUACGGAGAGUGUCUAGCAGUUCUGCAAGAAUAGGUUUCAAUUGGUUAGAGAAUCCCUCAUUAUUUAGUCCUCAGCAUACUGCAUUGAACAGGAGUGGACUAAAGAGAUCUCACCAGAGUUCUGGAAAUUUAGGCUCAAUGUGGUUGGUGCAGGAGCAGAGGCAUGGGGUUCCUGAAGUCCCAGAAGUUCCUGAGGUUAUUGAUUCAUUCUCCGAGGUCUCUGAUUGGUUAUCUGAAGCAGAGGAUGACACUUUCUUAGAAGUAACAAGCGGACAAUUUUACAGUGAAAUCAUCAAAGAUAAUGACGAUCCGCGCCCAAAGUAUGUGCGAAUUAUUAGCAAGCAAAUGGUAGGAAUAUAUGUAUCAAUUUGGGUGCGUAAGAGAUUGAGGAGGCAUAUAAACAACUUGGAGGUCUCUCCUGUUGGAGUAGGUCUUAUGGGCUUUAUGGGAAACAAGGGAUCUGUUUCUGUUAGCAUGUCUUUUUUCCAGUCAAGGCUUUGCUUUGUUUGUUCCCAUCUGACCUCAGGUCAGAAAGAAGGGGCUGAACAAAGGCGUAAUGCUGAUGUCUGUGAAAUUAUUCGACGCACCCGUUUCUCAUCUAUCUCGGACACCAGUCAAGCUCAGACAAUUCCAUCCCAUGAUCAGAUAUUCUGGUUUGGCGAUUUGAAUUAUCGUCUCAAUAUGUUGGACACAGAAGUAAGGAAACUUGUUGCUUUGAAGCAAUGGGAUGAACUUAUCAAUAGUGAUCAGCUAAGCAAAGAACUCUGCAGUGGGCGUGUUUUUGAAGGAUGGAAAGAGGGAGCGAUAAACUUUCCGCCAACUUACAAAUAUGAAAUAAACUCUGAUACAUAUGUUGGGGAGAACCCCAAAGAAGGGGAGAAGAAGAGAUCUCCGGCAUGGUGUGAUCGAAUACUUUGGUUAGGAAAAGGUAUAAAACAACUUUCUUACAAGCGGUCAGAAUUAAGGCUCUCAGAUCAUCGACCAGUCAGUUCAAUGUUCUUAGUUGAAGUUGAAGUCUUGGAUCAUCGGAAGCUGAAGAAAGCUCUCACUGUCAAUAGUACGGCCGUGCAUCAUGAGAUAUUCCUCGACUGAUGUGGGAAUUAGAACUUUAGCAGAUAAAAGGGAAUCGCUGAUCACUCUAACAAGCUGAAGAUAGAAAUACUCUUCCAUUUCCUUGGACAUAGGCCUAUUUUAUAUAUGCAAGAAACACAAGCUUUUUUUGAAUUUUUUGGAGAUAAAGGCAGGACUAGGGAGUCAUUUGUUAUGAAUUUUAGUUGUAACAGACGUAGCAGUGUGUCUCUCGCUUCUUUGGAAUUAAACCUUCAAAAUAUAUGUUCUUUGUCUGGUUCAUUGGUAUUGUAUAUUAACUUUAAUAACUAGGCGUUCUCUGCAUCUUGCAUAGAAAUUUUGGAGUCACGGUCCGUGGAUAUCUAAAUUUCUGUGAUUAAUACUUGACGAAAGUUGUUCUCGCAA